AUGACAUUUGUCUCCAAGUUUCUUUAUGCAGUCUCUUCAUUGGUAUUAUUUCACUCUGGUUUCUCGAGCUAUGAAUUCCAUCAUUUAUUGAAACUUGACUCACUUAAAAGUUCUCAUUUUUUUUGGAGUAAGUUACCUAGGGAUAUCAAGUAUGAAACGUAUGCGGGAUUGCUACUGUUUGUUCUUGCAGUAUUCACUUCAUUCGAGAAGUUGCAAUAUCUGCCAAUUCAUAGUGACCAUGGGAUGAUAAUAUCCCAAGGGAACUAUCUGAAGGAAAUCGCAUUGAAUAAAGCCACUAAUGUGGAUAACCUGGUAGGAAGCAACCCUAACGGUGACAUCAUUUUUAGCCCAAGUUUCGUUGAUAUACACGCAAAGAGGAAACUAUCCAGAGAAUGGGCUUCUAAUAAUGAAAAAAAGGAAAAAUGA